UUCCUACAGCCCAAACUUGGAACAUAAGUGCAGUUGUCUACUUGCCCCCUCACUCUGUUACUUGGAUUCAAUCAUGUCGAACAACAGCGCCGCCAACAGCAGUUUAGUCAUCGCUCAGAAGGCAGUGAAACAGCUUCGUCUGGAGGCCAGCGUCCGCCGGAUAAAGGUUUCUCAGGCUGCUGCAGAACUGAAAAACUUCUGUUUGCAAAAUGCCCACAAAGACCCUCUCCUCACCGGGGUGCCCUCCAGUGAUAAUCCUUUCAGGCCUCCCAAGUCAUGUGUCCUCCUCUGAGAGCUGUAGAGUGCAUGAUAUUCAGGCAGACUCCUCAUUGUUCUAAUGUGGAUUUCUGUCAUGUGCGGCACCACUGUUGAAGAUAAGGAAGACCAGAGCCUAGUCAGUGAAGGAAUUGAUUAAAUUAUAAUGAUUUCAGGUGAAACAUUUAGCCAAUCUUAUUUUAAUUAUAUGUGUGUUUCUGCUUUCUGCAUUUCUGUUUUGAAGACCUGUGGAAUAACAUUUUUAACAGUCAUUAUCAGUGGAUGUGCCAUUGUAUUUGUCACUAUAUAAAUAAAAUACAACUGAAUUGAAGCGGAUGAAAACUCACACAGCUGAAAACAACAUGACUAGAACAAUUCCCAUGAAAAUUACAUUGUAAAAUACAAACCAUAGGAGAUUAUUCCCAUUUAUAGAUGUUUCCCAGAAUCAAGCAGCAACCUCUACACUUUAAAAAUUAAGAAACAGAAGUUCCUCUAAUGGCCACUUGGCUCCAAAUGUCAUUUAGUUUGAUUUAAAACAGAAAUAAACAAAUAAACGUUUACUCAGACUAUUCAAACAUUUUUUAUGUUUCUUAACACUACGAGCAGCUAACUGCUAGUGUUAGUAGAUAACUUGGCACACUCUCAUCCAAAUAUAACUUCUGUUUCUCAUAAACUAACAAACCCACUGAGCAACAUCACAGUGGCUACAUUUAUCUUUAGUCUGUGUCCAGAACAGGUGUAAAACAAUCGUUUUAAUCUUUAUUUUUUUAUUUAUAUAUUAAUUUUUGUCAACUCUUUUAAGCACUAUAUGAAAACAUUCAAUAUAACUCCAUUUCUAAACAACUGAGUGUGACGCAUGUAUUCCCAUCAUCAGUCAGAAGCUGACUGAAAUGUCUGUAAUCAUCGAUUUUUACCACUGAAAAUGACCAUGAGUUAAUUCAGAUAUGAAGGAACUAACUGAGCAUAAAUGAAGCUCAUUGGACACGGAGCGGACUACACAAAUGACCAGCAAUCAGUUUGUGUCAGGAAGCUUUCUCUAAAAUGUAUUUGAAUUCAUAUCAUAACAUAUAGAACAGCAAAUGUUUUACAUUGACUUUAUUUACAGUGUAAUGAAAUGUGCCAGAUAUGGGCCCUUGUGUUUUUUACACCUACUGUUGCUUGCACUGUCAUGUAAUUGCUACUAUGCAUGUAUCACAUUAAAUUAUUAC